GGGAUUGUUCAAUAAAGCCUGGGAACACCAGAGAAACACCAGACAAAUGUAGUCGAACCAGAGAAAACGAUUGACAGUCUGCAGAGUGACGGAAGUUUUCUUCAGCUUUGUGAACUUAUGAGCCCUAUGCUAUAGAGUGGAGCGUUUGGCAAUACUGCCCUCUAAUGGUUGCACAAAGCCACUUUGGCUGUCAUGUUCUCCACCGUUGUGUCAACAUCUGCUGGUUAUGGUGGUGAUGUUGCAGCUGCCAUGGCGACCUCGUCAUCAGAGCAGGCUCUGCUGACCUCGGACCGCUACGCCAGACUCAUCCUGACCCAGCUGAACAAGAUGCGGCUCCGCUUGGAUUUCUGCGACGUGGGGCUGAGGGUCGGCAGCCGGGUCUUCAGGGUCCACAGGCUGGUACUCGCUGCUAGCAGCCCAUAUUUUUCUGCAUUGUUCUCUGGAGGGAUGAGGGAGACUGAUAAAGAGGAGGUGCAAAUUCUGGGAGUGGAAACUGAAGUCUUUGAGGUUCUACUGGAUUUCAUAUACACAGGAAUGAUUAGCGUGACUGUGGAGAAUGUUCAGGAGCUGAUGGUGGCAGCAGACAUGCUGCAGCUGAAUGAGGUGGUGUCUAUCUGUGGAGAGUUUCUCAAGGGACACAUGGAUCCCUCCAACUGUGUGGGCAUCUUUCAAUUCCUGGAGCAGAUCGGCUGCAUGGACAUGCUUGAGUUCACUGAGAACUACAUCAACGUUCACUUUCUAGAGGUGUGUGUUACUGAUGAGUUCAGGGGCCUCUCAAAGGACCAGCUGGCUAAACUGCUACGAAGUGAGGAGUUGAGAAUUGAGGAUGAGUAUCAAGUAUUUACAGCAGCAAUGGACUGGGUUCUACAAGAUGUGGCAAAGAGGAAAAAACAUGUUGUUGAGGUACUGGAACCAGUCCGCUUCCCGCUGCUUUCACCACAGAGACUUUUCAAAUACAUAGAGGGUAUUACUGACUUCAGCCUGCGAGUGGCACUGCAGACUCUUCUGAAAGAAUACACUGAAGUGGCGAAGUCUCCCAAAGACAAUAAGACGUACAGUCAGUUACAGCCAGCAAAGAUGAGACCCAGAAGAAAAGCCAGGAAGUACCUUUAUGCCAUAGGAGGCUACACUCGGCUACAGGGAGGCCGCUGGAGUGACAGCCGGGCACUGAGCUGUGUAGAGCGUUUUGACUCCUUCAAUCAGUUCUGGACCACCGUGUCCUCACUGCACCAGGCACGCAGCGGAGUAGGUGUGGCUGUACUGGGGGGCAUGAUCUAUGUGGUGGGAGGGGAGAAAGACUCCAUGAUUUUUGACUACACAGAGAGAUACGACCCAGUGACCAAGCAGUGGGCUGCUGUAGCGUCCCUGAACUAUCCUCGCUGUGGUGUCGGUGUCUGUUCCUGUCAUGGAGCUCUCUAUGCACUUGGUGGUUGGAUUGGCUCUGAAAUUGGCAAGACCAUGGAACGCUAUGACCCAGAGGAGAACAAGUGGGAAGUCAUUGGCAGCAUGGCAGUUCCCCGGUACUACUUUGGCUGCUGUGAACUACAAGGUUUUAUUUAUGUGAUUGGUGGAAUCAGUGACGAAGGAAUGGAGUUGCGCUCCGCUGAGAUGUAUGACCCCAUCUCACGCCGCUGGAGUGCCCUGCCCGUCAUGGUGACACGUCGAGCUUAUGUAGGCGUUGCCUGUCUGAAUAACUGCAUUUACGCAGUGGGCGGAUGGAAUGAAGCGCUGGGCGCUCUGGAGACAGUGGAGAAGUACUGUCCUGAAGAGGAGGAAUGGGUAGAGGUGGCACCAAUGGGCACAGCGCGUGCAGGCGUGUUGGUGUCAGCAGUCAACGGGCUGCUUUUUGCCGUCGGCGGUAGAGCUGCGAGCAGAGACUUCUCCGCACCAGUGACUGUGGACUCUGUGGAGAUCUAUGAUCCUCACCUGGACACCUGGACUGAGGUGGGCAACAUGAUCACCAGCCGCUGUGAUGGUGGACUGGCUGUGCUCUGACAGCAGGAACAUCUGGAUCAGCACCAAAACUGAACUGCACCUUAUGAAACACAGCAGUAUGUCGUAGUCUCAAGUCAACAUUUUUUCUGAUCCAAACCAGCUGACAGGUGUUAUGUCAGUUGAGCACAUAAAACAGAUAUACCAUACAACUGGAAAACAGCCAAAAACCGUGGUGCAAACGAUUUCUGCUUCAACUCUUGUGUGAUGUCUCUGUGUGUUUUCAUUUCACUCUAGUGUCAUAUCAGAGGUUAGAUUUAGAUGUUUCUGCCCAAUGCUUGCCUUAAUACUUGAAGUCAACACUUCUCUUUUGAUGAAGGUCAUGUAUCAUAAAUGCUAGGGUUAUUUUUGAUGGAACAGUGUUUUGCUUUUUUACCAUCAGAGACCUGUGAAUUUUGGACAAAGCGCUGCUGAUUUUCUGGAUUAGGUUGUGUUACUGGGUAGACGCAAACAACUUGAACAUAUUAUUUAAUAAGUAAUUGCUGUGGAAGUCCUGUCGAGUUUCAUAAAUAUUUAUCUUUAACAGCACACCGUUUUAUAUUUGUAUGUAUGACAUUGUAAAUAUCCACAAUUUCUGCUUAAAUUCAAUUAUUUUUCUUCUCACUCAUCAGCAGCACCUGAUUUGUCUACAUUUCAAUAUUUUGGUGUUUAAAUAUACAGCAUUGCAAAUAAAUACGGUGGUUGAUAGGAGCCACAACACUUCCAAAUGCA